AUGGAUGCAAACAAUAUGCAACAACAACAAAACGAUAAAUUAGAUGCAUCAAACCAGGUCAACAAGAACAAGUCUUGGAACGAAGUAGCUAAAGCCCUCAAUAUUAAAGACGACAAGAGUGCCGUGAGCUUCCUCAGGAAGCAGUACAUCAAGUAUUUGUUUGCAUUUGAAUGCAAGUUCGACCACAGUUUGGACUUCCUGAGUGACCACGGUCCUGAGCCACUCAGAUUAAACCAUGAGAUGAGACGAGGUCCUGACAUGGACAAACAGCCCGCUCCAAAACGUCAAGCGACCACUAACGGACCAACAAGUGUGCAGCCGGAGAGGUACGCUCCACCCAACACAUACUAUAACAGCUACUACCCUCCCUCCUCCCACCCUGGACCCCAUCCUGGUGGACCUCAUCCUGCUCCUGACAUUCACAAUGGGGGCCCACCCCCAAAUAUGACGUCUGGGUUCCACGGUCCUCCUCCUACAGGACCACCCCCACCUUCUGACCACCCUGGGUACAGACCUCCCAUGUAUUAUCCAGGCCAGUACCCACCUGGGCAUCCUGGACACCACCCCUCCCACAUGGGGUACAUGAGACCACCUUAUCAGCCGGACCACAUGUCCCCUCAUGGGCCUGAUAGCUGGAGAUUCAGACAGCCGUACCCCGGCAACCAACCACCUCCAGGCCCGACUAUAUACGGGGAACAGACGAUACAUCGGUACCCGGCUAACGCAGUCCAACCUCCUUACCAACCCAGUCCCGCUCCAAGGCUACAGGUCGCUCCAGCCCCAACCAAAAUGAGCAAUUUAGGCAGAAGCAAUGAAAGAGCCAAGAAUCAGUCCGAUUCAAGCAAGAAAAAGAGCUCCUCCUCUGCCCCAGCGGCCCCAACAGCGGCCCUACAAGUAUCCUCACAACCACUUCACAUCAGCCCUACCGUGACUACUCCGUCCAUCAGCAGUAUGCCCACCUCAGCUUCCUCCCAUCUCGCUCCAGUUCGGAUGCACCCUUCAGAGCGACCUGCUCCUCCUUCCGGUCCGCCCACAAUCGAACAGGCGACCCCCAACAUCAGUAAGAGAAGGAAACUCACCUCUAAAGAGCUAGGAUAUGUAGAGACUAUCAGACUGGUAAUGUCCCUGAAAUCGGGGCUGCUGACUGAGUCUACGUGGGUUGUUAACGUGCUGAACAUUCUGUUGUGUGAUAACACAAUGGUAGCUUACUUCUACCUUGGACACCAUCCCAACCUGCUCAGGAUGCUGGAUAGACUAUUGGACCACUUCCAAAAGGUAUUAGUGGAUAUAUUCGGAGAGAAGGUAGUUGGUAGUAAGCUGUACAGCGAUGCUAAGCUGGUCGGCCUACAGCCGAGUACCAAGAAAUACAAAGACGUUGCUCCUGUCACUCUUGUGAUAGACCCAGCCAUUAAGGAGUCUGCGGACCCUUACCCCACCAUCGAACACAACUGUCUCAAAUCCCUGGACUACAUCGACACCAUGCACGAAAUCAACAGCAAGUUAAAGUUAACACCGUCAUACCCCGUGAAUCUGUCGGAACUUGACCAGAAGUUCGGUGACUCUAAACCGUUGGAGGUUGGGGCCGACAAGGAGAACGAGCCUGUUCUAAAGAUGGAGCCAGAUCUUCCAAGUAUUCCAUCAGAGGAACUCAAGGAGGAACUUAGCAAGAUAAAGGAUCCUAUAAUACCGCAAAUGAAUGGAGUCAACGGUGUCAAACCUGAGACAGUUGCAGUAGUAAAUGACGGCAAGAAAGAAGACCCCAAAGUCGCAGCGAAAGCUAUUGACUACGAAAACAUCAGCGAAGAAUCGCUGAGGGCUCUGUGGAAACGCUUGCGAAGUUCCAACGAAAAACGAGUAGAAAACGAAAGUGUGAAGAUUGAGGACGAGUUCCUGUUCAUCCAGUCGGACCAGGACCGUCAUCUUAGCAGCAGGUGCUCGUCCGUGAUGAACAUCUUCCGGAGUCUCUCCUUCAUCCCCGGUAAUGACAUGAUCCUCUCACAUCAUCCCGGAUUUCUCCUUAUGAUUUCUCAGUUGUUGUCUCUUCAUCAUGUCCAUUACAGUGAACUGGAGUCACAGGAUUGCAAUCAAUCGUUCGAACGCACUAGCAAGCGCUCUAUCAAAGAAAAAGAAGCAUUGGGACUUCCGAGCGGCUGGUGCUUUUCGAAAACUCUGGACUCUCUCAGAGAAUCAUCGUUUUGUAUAAUGGCAAAUAUAAGCGGGCAGCUGGACUUCAGUAACUUUAAUCAGUCUUUGUAUACACCGUUGAUUCAAUCAGUAGUUCACUGGGUCACAUGCUCGUCAUCGGAAGCAGUUGACCCGUUCCCUCCCGCCUAUCUUUCUACCAUUACCCCUCAGAGACUCAUGCUUGAAGCUCUGUCAAAAAUGUCAAUAUUAUCAUCCAAUCUCCAGCCGAUAGUUCGGAGUAUAAAAGACCAGAUUCCCGCGUUGUUUAAAGCUCUUGUCUUAUUGUUAGGGGACAGAACGCAGCAGGUCGCCCGAGAAUUCGCCUUGGUUAUCAUGUCUAACUUAUCACAGACUGGUGGGAACGAGGGUGUCGAGGUGGCACACCAACUCGCUAACUUCACCCAAGUCAUUUCACUUCUCCUUAAGUUCCUGGAGGACGCAGAAGCUUCGGCGGCUAAUUUCGCGCUGAACGCCCACAUGGCGGGGCACAGCUCGUUACCGUCUAACAUAUCACAGGAAGAACUGUGCGGGGGAACCAGUAUCGACAUGUUACGACGUGCUGCGCUCACUCUGAUACACUUGGCCAAGUAUUCGGACAACAAGAAACUCUUCCUGACCCACCAACACCGGGUCCUCAACCUGGCCAUGUCCCGGUUUACCCACCCCCGGAUCGGAGCCAUGAUCGCUAACUUAUUAUAUCACAUGGAGAGUGACUGGAAGUUGACGUGACGUACGUUAAUAACACCAAAUGACUGUGGUUAUGUGUUACCCAAGGGUUGCAAGUUUCAGACAGUGCAGGAUGUGCGCGCUGCGCGCGGCUCUGCACGUGCACCAAGUUUUGAGCACGUGCACCUCAAACGCUGCAAACGAAGAAUAUUUGUGUGAUAUUUCUGUUGUAUAGAGCGUCAGAUCUUACCAUGAUGAUUAUAACAAUAAGUGCAGAGUGCUGAUGUAUAUGAUAACAAUGGUAUGUAAAAUGGGUCACGUAUAUUUUCUGCUGUUUUUGUCCACUAUAUCAGUAUCAUUUGUUUUAUUUAUUGUGUUUUUAACUCACCCCUUGGCUUUCAAAUCAAGCAGUGAAGCGGAGAGAAAAGCCUAGAAUUCGGAAUUUUGGUUUGCCACACACACGAAUAACCAAGGCGAUGUUUUAUAUUUUAAUUUUGUACGGUGGUGGUAGAGAUGGAGAUAUCAUUAGACCAGGCGGUAGCCACUGCACUUGUGCAUGCUUUUGCUUCAUGAUUUUUAAUAACCCACUUUUUAGUUUUAACCUGCCCCUUCUUUUGAUACUAAUAAAAUUGGAUUCUUACGAAUUUCGUUUUAUUAUCAUUA